AUGAUGAAUAUCACCUUUGAUACUUCCGAAACGACUACAAGCAAUGCUCAUGGCAACUCAUCCAAGAAGAUGAACGGUGUUGUUCUUCCUGAACAAACACCUUCGUUGCUCCAAAGUAUGAUGGCUUCGCUAUCGAAUAACCCAAUGGGCUUUGAUCAUCAUCCGAUGCAAGCACCGCCUUCCUUUGUUUCUCAUUCUGGUCAUUCGGCUCACUCUGAGUCUCAGUACAAUAUGAAUAUGAAUAUGAAUAUGAAUACCAGUCUCCAUCAUUCUCCUCUAGCUGGUGAUACAACUGGAAUCUCUCAUUUGUUUGGGGAUCUUCCCGCAGAUGCCUUUGAGCCAGUCCCGAUUGGGGGGAAUACCAGAACAACUUCUGCUCCGCCCAUGGAUGCCUCUAUCUUGGAGGGUGUUUUGGACCUUGCCUUGGGUGUAGUAUGUGAACCUGACGCCUUGAACAGCAUGUCCACAAUGCCCAGAAUGGCCAAUGUAUCCAAUGUGUCCAAUGUGUCCAAUGUACCCAUCAAUGUGAGAAAGGCUGCAGAACCCCCCAUCACAGCCUGUCCCCCAAGGCCCAAGAAGAGGCGCAUCUCCAAUGACCAACAACCACGCUUCCGUGGGUACCAAGAAAAACAAUGGGAAGAACAAUUCGAAGAGCUCCUCAAGUUCAAGGAACAAGAAGGGCAUUGCCUCGUCCCCCACACAUACCCCGAGAAUCAAGUCUUGUCUCGAUGGGUGAAACGUCAAAGAUACCAAUACAAGCUCAAGGCCGCUGGAAAAGUUCCAUCCACCAUGACCGAUGUUCGUAUCAAGAAGCUCGAAGACAUUGGCUUUGUAUGGGAUUCUCAUGCAACUGCCUGGGUCAAUCGUCUCAAGGAGCUCGAAGAAUACCGUGAGAAACAUGGGGACUGCAACGUUCCAUCGAACUACCCCGCGAAUCCAGAACUAGCCACCUGGAUCAAGUGCCAGAGAAGGCAAUAUAAGCUAUUUUGGGCAGGCAACAAAUCUUCCAGUAUGACUGUGGAGCGAAUGAAUAAACUCAAUGAGGUUGGAUUCAUCUGGAAAGUCCGAGAAGAUCUCCCUAUGCCUGCUCAUCCAAGUCUCAUGAUGUUCUAG